AUGGCAUCCUAUAUCAUCGGAGCGUUGUCGAAGAGGGUGUUGAAGGAGUCUGCUGAAAACCACUUCGGCAAGGAGGACCCUUACUUCGAAAGUGUGCCCGCUACAAACAUGUUUGGGCAGCAAAAGAUGAAAAAGCGCCGCAGGGCUGCCCCAGAAGGAAUAUCUGCUCAUGAUGCAAAGAUCCUCACAAAGGUCAAAAGACGAGCAUACAGAUUAGACCUCUCUCUGUGCAACUUUUGCGGAAUACGGUUUGGAUGGGGAAGUGUGAUCGGCCUAGUGCCUGCAUUUGGAGACGUUGUCGAUGCGCUCUUUGCGUUGAUGGUGGUCAUGACAUGCAGACAGGUCGAGGGCGGGCUACCGACGAAUAUUCAAUUACAAAUGGUGUUCAACGUCUUUUUCGAUUUCGUUAUCGGAUUAAUCCCCUUUCUCGGUGAUCUCAUAGACGCGCUAUAUAAAUGCAAUACCCGAAAUGCGGUACUGCUAGAGCGCUACCUGAAAGAAAAGGGUCAAGAUAACUUGGCGCGGCUUGAAGAGGGAAACCGGACGGUGGUUACUUCAGGCGGCCGAAGACCGUCGGUGCGCCGCACUAACACCGAGCCACCUAUGCACCACGACGAACCCCAGAGGCCUUCACCUGCAAGAUUGCCUAGGGAGAACCGGCGAUCAAACACAUCACGAUCCCAUCGGCGAUAG